AUGGCUGAGCUUGAUCAUGUUGUACUUGAAUUAGCUAAAAUGAAAGUUAUUAUAAAUUCUUCAAACAUAAUGCUUUGGUCAGAUUCAACAAUCAUGCUGUCUUGGAUUAACACUUUUAAACCACUAAAGGUAUUUGUUGCUAACAGAGUAGCACAAAUAAUUGACUUCACCAGUCCAAUUAUUCCCUCAGCAAGAUGCCAUCUCAGGAAGAAGGGCCCAUUGACUGUGGUUGAGUUAUCUAAUGCAAAAACAACCUGGAUACUUCACACUCAAAAGCAUGCUUUCCAUAAUGAUUUAGACAAAUUAAGUAAAAAUCAGCAACUAUCUAAACAAAGUCAGUUAAAAAAGUUACACCCCUUCAUUGAUAGCUCUGGGCUAAUACGUGUAGGUGGUCGUUUGUCUCAGUCAAACUUGUCAGACAGCAUGAUGUUUCCCAUUUUACUACCAUCAAAGUCCAGACUAAUUCGCUUAUUGUUCGAAUACGAGCACAAACAUUUGUUACACAUCGGACCACAUAUUCAAGGCACCUUCUGGCCAAUAAGGGGACGGAUAAUUGUAAAAAGUGUAGUGCAUAAUUGCCUCAUAUGGUACAAAACUAAUCCUGCUUUACGAGCACCAUUGAUGGCGUCUCUUACUAGAGCUAGAGGUACUAUGGAACGGCCCUUUGCUAGAAUAGGGGUAGAUUUUUAUGGCCUCACACAGAUUCGAGGUCACAGUAAAGUCACGGCAAGGUCCAGUCUAUUAAAAGCUAUAUUGCGGUAUUUGUUUGUUUUAUUACCAGGGCUAUACACCUAG